UCCGAGCACUGGUCUGUCGUCUGGUAACACUGAUCUUCUCUCUGCUUAAAAGUCUGGUUGAAUUGUCACUUAGAUUUCACGUACAAUUUAAAACGUGUAAACGUUCGAGCCAAAUAUAUCUCAUAUCUAUUCUAUAUCGAAUUUGUGACGAAACGAUGGGCCACGUCACGGUACACGUCAUGUUAGCUCGAAUCGCGCUGCUCGGUUUCGAUUAAUCGGUUAUUCUCUUUCGAGCGAGUAACGGUGAUCGAUGCUUGUCAUUCUUGACAGUCUUGUCAGAUUGUUGUUCGGUUCUAAAUUUCGGGAAUUGUUUUUAAAUUUUUCGUACUAUGAAACGUUUCCACGAAGAGGAAAAAUCUGUGGACGAAGAUUCCAGUGACCCAGUGGCACCCACGAAAAUGGCCGUUUCUAUUGAAAAACAUAACCUGAAAGCCAGACGAAGAAAUGUAAUUGAAACAGUGAAAAUAGAUAGAGACUCGGAUUCCGAAAGUGAUGUCCCGCUCGUAAAAAUGUCAAAUUCCACAAGGGCAUGGUACGAUAACGUUAUACCGCGAAUACCCGAUAUCGCGGAUGUUAGUUCGUCAGGUAAACAAAACGGUGUGUUAAACAGUGAAGACGAUAAUAGUUUAUUGGAAGGUGAUUUUGAUAGCACAGAGACACUGAUGGAUAGGGAACGGAUGAAAAUAAGCGUUAUUCGAGGGAGCGUUGAUAAUCCGAACUUGACAUUAGGAGAACUUAGGCUACUGGGUUGCAGUAGCGAGGGGCUUGUAAACGAUGGUAUACGAAGGGUUCUGUGGCCAAAACUUCUAAGACUGUCCGAAGAAAGUAUUUUUUCAAUAAACGGAUUAGAAACGAUACACAAUCUUAUACCAAACGAAGUCUAUCAACAAAUAUUGAAGGAUGUCGCUCGUAGCGGGAGCCAUAUUUCUCAAAAUGCUACGCAACACGAAAUGGAUCAUUUUCACGAACAGUUGACACAAUUAAUGUGCUGGGUUCUUCACAAACAUUCUAUGUUAAAUUACUACCAGGGAUAUAACGACAUAGCCGCAACUGUUCUACUUGUUAUGGGUUUAGAAAAGGCUUUGAAUGUACUUGAGGGUAUCUCGUUAGAAUUCCUAGAAAGAUUUAUGGAAAGAACGAUGGAGAAAGUAAAUCAAGAGUUAUUUUAUAUAUUUGCACUCUUGGAGAGAGUGCAUCCCACUUUGUUGGAACACUUGGAAAACGUAGAGUUAUUUCCACACUUUGCAUUGGCAGAGUACACGACAUGGUACGCGCACAAAUAUGCGGAAAAUAGAAAGUUGUUACAUAGAUUGUUCGAUUACUUUCUCUGCAGUCCUCCAUUAAUGCCUCUUUACCUAAGCACUGUGAUCGUAGCCCAUAGAGCAACAGAAAUUUUUAAUACUACACCCGACAUGGGUCAUACGCAUAAAGUUUUGUGUACCUUGCCAGACGAUUUGCCUUUUGAAACGCUUUUGAUCGAAGCGACAAAUUUAUAUCGUCAGUAUCCUCCCGAGUCUAUAAGUAACGACGUUACAGAGUAUGAUCGAAAGAGAAGGUGUAAAGAACAAGAGUGGAAAACAAAAGCGGAAGCGAGCCGUCAGGAAAGAGAGAGGCAACGUCAACUUAAAAUUGUGAAACCGGCAUCGAGAAUACCGUAUCGUAUUAGAAAUUAUAAAACCAUCACGGUAGUAACAAUUUUGGCUCUAGGUUUAUAUGCAUUUCUAAAAUCUUCUGGUCUCAACUGACAUUAAGAGAAUUUGUCUUACUUGAAAAGUAAUUUCUUUUUUACGUGUUCGUAAAAUAAAACAUAAUUUUAUUUAUGUACCAUUUGCAUGGUAUACCAAGAUAACAAGAAUUAAUGGGCAUACGAACAUAACAGAAGGAUGUAAUACCACAAAAUAUAUGUGAUCAAGAAUCGUUGGUAAGCUUGCUCGACGUCGAUUGCGCGAACCUGAUUUUUUAAUAUGUAACAAGGAGUAUUUUGAGCAUUCCUGUGCUGUCUUUAUGCUGUGUUUUUUUAAAAAAAAACUCUGACACGAAUUUUUGCAUAUACAUUUACUGCGUCAGAAACGUAAAGAAAAAGCACAUGCUUACGAGGAAGGAAUAAUUUCCAAACUAAGAAUAUUGUGAAUGAUAAAAUAAGGUUUAGGGUACAAUGAAUGUACAUAUGGAAAACAGAUCUCAUUAAUAAAAGAUCAUAAUUUUUCAAUUUCAUUUGUUCUCUUCUCCACCUUCGACUACAUUUGUUAUGUAACUUUUUAUUAGAAUUUUAAUAUCGAAUAUAUAUUUGUUUGUAAGUAAUUUCUAUGUUUAAAUAAUGUUUUCUUUAAAUCAAAGUGUAAAUAAAAUUUAUGGAACUAUUAAUUAGGGGUGAUAAGUAGUUAGUCCGAAGAUUGAUUUGGCAUCGUCGAGAAAUUUACUAAUUGCGAGUGGUAAGUCGAUUUACUGGUAAAUCUCGAAUAAUAGCCUCAAGUAAGCGAAGCAAAACUCGAAUUUCGGAUUACCUGCAC